AUGACAUUGCCCGAGCCUAUGCCCACGCCCCUCCAUGGGUAUGUGGGGUUUGAUACGUUGACGAAGCAAGUUGAAUCAAAGAUGAUGCGUCGUGGCUUUCAGUUUAAUGUGAUGGUCGUGGGCCAGACAGGACUGGGAAAGAGCACGAUGAUCAACACGCUGUUUUCGUCGCGAUUGCUUGAAAGCAAGGGCCGAAUGGACCCGUCAGAUGAGAUCCGUCAGACUACUUCGAUUAGCACGGGUUCACACGGUACGUUGACCGGUAUCUGGGAAACCAUUAUCAAGUACAUCAAGGACCAAUACAGCAUUUACCUGCGCAAGGAGCUGACGGCUGUGCGUGAACGACACAUUCCCGACACUCGAGUGCAUGUGGUGUUGUUCUUUAUCAAUCCAUCGGGCCACUCGCUGCGCCAGAUUGAUAUUCAAGUACUGAAGAAGCUAGGCGAUAUUGCGAAUGUAAUUCCUGUGAUCGCCAAGGCCGAUACGCUUACUCUCGAGGAGCGUGAUCUGUUCAAGCAGCGAGUGCGUGCAGAACUGCAAAACAACAACAUUCGAGUGUACCCAUUCGACCAUGAAGACUAUGACGAGGAAGAACGUGAGCUGAGCAGCCAGGUGCAGGCCAUGCUACCGUUUGCAGUUGUUGGCUCUACGAAGGUAUACGACGUCGAUGGUAUGCCUGUGCGUGGCCGCCAAUCGCGGUGUGGCAUGAUCAACAUCGAGGACCCGAUGCACUGUGAGUUUGUGCCGUUCCGCAAUUUCUUAUUGCGCACAAACUUACAUGACCUGAUCGACACGACGGCACAUACGUACUACGAGUCGUUCCGCUCGAAGCAGCUCUUGGCCCUGAAGGAAAGCAGUGCAAAGCAUCAGCAGCAACAGCAACAAACGCACCACUAG